GCAGCGCUGCGAGCUGCCGGCGCCUUCCCGCCGCGCCCGCGCGGGCCGGCCAGCCGGUGCGCCCAGGUGUUGGUGACUUCAUUUAGGGGGUUAGUUCUGAGGAAGUAGAGACACGAAGGUUGAGUCUAUUUUACAUAGAAAGCUACAGCUCUUCCACCAGUACUUUUUUUUUUCCCCCCCCUCCUUCCCAUCAUUCCCCCCUCCCCGCCGCCCCCGUAGGGGAGGACAAUUUGGUAAUUAUUUUAACAGUCAUUUACUUCCCCCCCACCCGUCUCCACCCGUUAGAAAUCUACCUUGGUCCCCGAGGCAUCUGUUAAACGUUACCCAUUAUAGGACCAGGAGAACGUUGUCAUCACCAUCCCUCGCUUGCUUUGGGAGCUUCAGUAGUACCCUUCCCUCCUUUGGAGUUUAGUGCAGAGAGGCAUCCAGAAGACCUCCUUGCCAUCCUUUUUGGUUAGGAGAGGAUCCAGGGGAAGGGGUACCUGGCAGGACACGUGACCUCGUUGAGGGAGACAGAACUGAGGUGGCCCUUGGCACUCUGAAGGAAGCACCCAUCUUUUGUGUCUUUUUCGCCUUCUACUCCUUCCUCACCAAAUUCCUGAAGCUCCAUUGAAAGGAAACUUUGAAGGCUAUAAGACAAGUGAAAGCAAGAUGUGCAGUUCAGUUGCUCCCAGGCUGUGGUUCUUAACAGACCGUCGCAUCAGAGAAGAUUACCCUCAGCAGGAGAUCCUGAGAGCACUGAAGGCCAAAUGCUGUGAAGAAGAACUAGAUUUCCGGGCCUUGGUGAUGGAUGAAGUAGUGCUGACCAUUGAGGAUGGAAAUCUUGGUCUCCGAGUGAAUGGGGAGCUCAUUACUGCUUACCCACAAGUGGUGGUUGUACGUGUACCAACACCUUGGGUUCAGAGUGACAGCGAUAUCACAGUCCUUCGCCACCUAGAGAAGAUGGGCUGUCGAUUGAUGAAUCGUCCGCAAGCCAUCCUCAACUGUGUCAACAAGUUCUGGACGUUUCAAGAACUUGCUGGCCAUGGUGUGCCUCUUCCAGACACUUUUUCUUAUGGUGGUCAUGAGAAUUUUGCCAAAAUGAUUGAUGAGGCGGAAGUGCUGGAGUUCCCUAUGGUGGUGAAGAACACGCGGGGUCACCGAGUCCUCAGGCACUGCUCCUGUCCUGCACAACUUACUGAAAAUGAUGGUAAAGCUGUGUUCCUGGCCCGAGACAAGCACCAUUUGGCAGACCUAAGCCAUUUGAUCCGUCAUGAUGCCCCCUACUUGUUUCAAAAAUACGUUAAAGAGUCCCAUGGCAAGGAUGUACGUGUCAUCGUAGUGGGAGGCCGUGUAGUGGGCACCAUGCUCCGCUGCUCAACAGAUGGGAGGAUGCAGAGUAACUGCUCACUUGGUGGCGUAGGGAUGAUGUGCUCACUGAGUGAACAAGGCAAGCAGUUGGCAGUCCAGGUGUCAAACAUCCUGGGGAUGGAUGUGUGUGGCAUUGACCUGCUGAUGAAGGACGACGGUUCAUUCUAUGUCUGCGAGGCCAAUGCAAAUGCAACUGUUGAAGCACGAUUCACACUUGAAGAUUUACAGAAAGCUACUGCACCGGUUAAGUCUCUUCUACCUCUGUAAGGCUUAAUCCUGUAAAUUGCCGAGUGCCUCAUAUUCUCAGUAUGAAGAUGUUAAAUACCAGGUAUUUUGAAGUUCCUGGACAUCUGCUAUUCCUGCUGUUGUAGAUGGGAGUUGUAAAUUCAGGAUCCUUUUAAAGUCAUCACUUUCUGAACUUCCAGGAUAUGGCCUUUCAAUAAUGAGGCUGAGAGAAGUGUCAAGUUGACUUACUGUGAGCUUUCUGUGCAAAUCUCUGAUAUCUAUCUUUAAGUAUUAAUUGGCAGCAUUGCAUCUGUAUUUCUUUCUAAAGCUUUUAAAAGAGGAUUUUAGUAUUGCGACUUUCUCAUUUCAAAUCCUUAUUUUGGAAGGCAGGUAGGGGAAUUGCUCAUACUCUUAUUUGUGGCAGACAUUUUAACUAUUUAUUGCAUGAUUGGAGGAGAUAAACAGCACUGUAAUGUCUGGUGUACAAAAUAAUGUUUAAUCCAAUGUGAAAAAGAAUUACACUAGUUUAAAGCAAAUGUGCAUCAACUUGUAUUUGUUAGUGUUUUAGUCUAUUUGAGAGAGAUCUGCGAUGUUAAUGUUCCUUUUUCUUUAAUACAUGCUUUGUCCAACAUUCCCUUCUCUAUGCCUACAUCUUUUAACUGUAGCCAAAGUGAAAACACUGCAGACUAUUUGUUAAGAAAACACUGACUUAAAGCCUGUAUAUUGGUGGGGGUGGGGUUUUUUGUUUGAUUUUCUUUUUUGCAGGGGGUAACAUGGUAAGGUGUGGAGGAGGGAAAAGUUGGUUUAAAGUGAUUAGACAUCCAGAGGUACUUUAGAAUAAAACUGCAGUUUAUAGAAUACUUAGCAGGCUUACUUUGUCCCCACUGAAUAUAAAAGCUGAUGUUGGCAGAAAUCCAAAGAGUAUAUAUCUGGGGAGAAGUACUCAAAUCUUACCUUUGGGAAACAUGCAGCAGAUUUUAAAAAAGGGAAAAAAACCCCCCACAAAACAGCGUACACAAACCCCUCCCCCACAACAACAACCAAAAAAACCCCAAACAAAUGAUGGAAAAAAAGGAGGGGGAAAAAAACCACGGAAGACAAAAAAAUCAGCCAGAAUAAAAAAAAUAAAUCGGUAACCUAGGUCCAUAAUUAGCAAAUUGAUCUUGGACCCUUACGUAUGUGUAGUGUGCACACUUGAGUGUGUUUCUGUAUGCGCAUUUGCUUUGCCUUAUUUCUUUUUGCGUUUUGGCUAUUAUGCUCCUAUUUUUUUUCCAGAUUGCCUGAUUUUCCUUAGUCCUUCUGACUGUGCAUUUUCUCCUAAGCCUUGAGCUGUUUUGGACAGAUAACCAAAACAGAUACUAUGUCCGUUUUUUCAGUCCAUAUCUUCCCCUUCCUUUUCCUCCUCCCUUUGUAUUCCUUUCUCAAUCUUUGGAUUCAUAAAGCCCUGAAACUAUCUAUCUAUCUAUCUAAAUACAUAGAUAUAUAGAUAUAGAUAUAUAAAUAAAGAUAUAUAUAAAGAUAAGCCACUUUUUUAAAAAACCAAAAGCAAAACGUUUACAAUUGAAAACCGAUCUUGUGGAAAAUAAGAUUUAUUUGGAGGGGGGUUGUGUGUGUGCAAUGCUGCAGUUUUCUGGAUACUUAAUUGGAGCAUGUCCCAUGUACCCUCUGAGGCUCUGCACUGCCCACCUCUGUGGCCCUUCCUCACCUCUCUGCUGCUCUGCUGUUUUAUCUUCACUUGGACCUUAAACACAACUCAAGGACACUAUGCAGAGAGUCUUCAA